GAGAGAGGGGUGGGGGUUCUUUGUUUGUGUGUGUGUGUUUAGGCAUGUGAGGUUAUCUUUUGUUGCCACCUUGUUUAUUCCUGAAAGCGUCUGUCAAUCUUUCUUUGUGAUAUUUAUCAGUUUUUCUGCAUCUUGGUGAUCGAAGAUGUUGUAUCCAUCCGAGGUCAGAGGAAUAUGGCGGCGGACAGACGGGCUGCGGGGGAUUUGACCAGAACAGGGAGAAGUGGUACCUGAGGCUGAAUCCAGCCAAGGAAUGGCCCACUCCGAAUCCAACUUUUGGGCUCUAUUCUCCCUUCUUCUGGUAAUCUGGAGUCUGCACACAGCUGCAGCUGAGUCUGGCUGGUCUGGGUGUUUGGAUGGUCAGGAUGUAUUUGCAACGGUGAAAGAAAACAGCCCCAAGGGGGAAGUUGUCAUCAAGCUUUUAGAUGACACCACAGAGAACAGUGUUCACUGGAAUCUGUUUGGGAAGGACGCUGUUUGGUUCUACUUGGACGGAAGAAACAUCCGGCUAAACACGUCCGCUGAGAAUAUCCUUGACCGAGAGACUCUUGGACCAAUCUUAAUGGCCGAGUUAUCGUGUCAAGAGGAGGAUGUAGUCCAGAUCGUUUACAGGAUCUUGGUGGAGAUUCUCAAUGAGAACGAUAACUCCCCAAUGUUUCCAGAAAAUGCAGCUCGGACUCUCAGUAUAAGUGAGCUGACUCCAGUGAACACCGUGGUUUUUACCAUCCAAGCAAUAGAUGCAGAUAAUGACAAGCUCAUUUAUUCAAUCGACCAGACAUCACCUGAUGCAGAGUACUUCCGAAUUGAUCUGCCGAACAGCGGAGAGGUGAUUCUCUCCAGGCCUCUGGACUACGAAACAAAAACGCUACUUAGCAUCCACAUUUAUGCUACGGAGAUGAACACCGCUGAGCAUUAUAACACCAGCAUCAACAUCACCAUCUCAGUCCUAGAUGGAGACGACCAGUACCCACAGUUCCUGCCCUGUAUUUUGUUUUACUUAGACGAGAAGAGUCAAAUAUGCACCAGCCCUGUGUACUUAGUCAACAUCACAGAAGGGGAAGAGAAUGUUGCGUUGGACUUUUUUCCUGGUCCUGUUCGUGCUGUGGACGGCGAUGGAGGGCUCAACUCUUCCAUCAGCUAUGCUAUUCUCUCAGGAGAUAAUGAUGGACAUUUCAGUAUGGACUCAAAGACAGGUGAGGUGAGACAGAUUAAAGGUGUGAGAAACAGACUCAUCACUCCAGAGCUGCAUCUACGGAUUAUGGCCUACCAGGACGACGACCCCAGGAAGUUCUCUGUUACUACAGUGCUGGUCCGAGUUCUGGCAGUGAACCAGUUUCACCCAAAAUUCAGCUUGGCUGAAUAUCAUGGCUUCGUAACUGUGGGAAAGGGUCAAGCUUCCCUGGUCAACACGUACGGCAACAAAGCUCUGGUGUUAAAUGUACAAGACCAAGACUUUAACCAGGGUUUCAACCCAAUGAUCUACUUUACCUUCAGUGAUACGUCUAAUUACACUGACAUCUAUCAGGUCACAAAGGGAGGGCUCUUACUUGCCAAGACCAAUCAUCUCAAACCAAAACAGAAGCACAUUCUGGAGGUGACUGCAAUAGAUCAGGAGUCAGGUGAUGCUGCUUUUGCUACUGUAUUGGUGGAAGUGUUACCUGAAGGACAGAUGAUCCCCCUCAGUCCCCUGGGAGAAGAACGCCUGACAGGUUGCACUGUGGGUAAAGCUCUCUUUCUGAGCAUGGUGUUCAUGGCCCUGCUUGGGGGUAUGCUGUUCGUGUUCAUGUGGCUUAGGAAGAAACACAAAGGAAGAAGGGACCCGCUGGAGAGAGGAUGUGUGGCCCAGGGGAAACACCCUAAUGUGAGUUUAAGAUGGUUCCAACUGGCGAGUCACCGUAGUGCCAUGCCAAAUAUGGAGGAGGUACCCGACAUAAUGGAAGAAUACGGAAAUUGCAACCCUUCUUUCAGCUUCCCUGACAAUUUGGAAAUUCGCACUAUCCAAGACCUUCCCAUCAGCCAAGAACCCACUCCAUCAGCUGAUGCUUCUGAAACCACCCUGAUUCUCAGUCAGCAUGCAUACAGCCCUGUGAUUCUCAACAAUAACACAUCUACACCAACCAAAACUGUGUCUACGUCACCUAUCUCUACCCCAACCGUGGAAGAACAGAGUCCAACAUCUCUAGUCCAAGAUGAACCACUCAGAGAAAAUCCCAGUUCACCAUGUGAUAGAUCCCCAGAGCCUUGUGAGGCAGAACCUGAAUGUAGUUUUGGUCCUUUCACCGGGGAUGACCCUGAACCUUCACCUUCACAUGACCCAGAUUUGCAAACAACCAUCCUUGAUGACAUUAUUGACCUAGUCCACAGUCCCUCUUCUACAUCCACCACUGCGUGCAGCCAUAUUCAAACGGCUGCAAUUGAGACAGAUGAACCAGUCCGAAUAUCUCAUGUGAAAACACCCCCACAUUCACCGUCACUGUCCUCUCCUUUCCCCAGAGAGACAGGCACACCUCCUCCCACCCCAGAGCACGGUCUUUUAAAAGCAACUCUGGUACACAUAGAUACCUCUCCCAUUGAGACCCCCCCAGGAACACCAGAACGAAGACCAGAGACUCUGAACACAGAGGCAGACCAACCCUCAACAUCUUUGGACCAUUCAGACCUGUCAGAGUCUGAGAGUGGAACAGGAGAUAAUAGAAAUCCAUCUCCAGACAGAAAGUCCUCGACCGACUCGGGGAAUAAAUGUGGAGUGGGAAAUAAGGAUGAUCCUGGUAUCCUUGGAGGUGAGGAUGCAGACCAAGACAGUGAUGGUGAGUUAGAGUCAGAUGAAGAAGAGCUGCUGAGAGUGAUGGCUCGAUGUAAUCCAAUUUUGAUUACGUUCAGUAAGUGAUGUCACUAUAAAAUCACAGGCACUGAAAGUGAGCGGGUGAAGGACAGACGAUGGAGCUUGUGAGCUGAAGGUGGACAAGAAGUCAGACACGCCAUCAAGAACGGAAUGAAACACUGUUCUGGCUCUGCUGAGAAGUGAAAAAAGGCUUUACGCACACACCGAACAUAUUAGCAAACAUAUUGAUAUUGAAUUUCCCUCUGGGAUUAAUAAAGUAUUUUUGAAUUGAAUUAACAAUCAUUAAGUCAUAUUCAGCAUGGAAAUAUGUACGAUUUAUUCCACAUAUCUAUCUAGAAAAGUAAAAUGUACUAUUAUGAAAACUAAAUGCAGUUGAAGCGUUCUUUUUAAAAUAUAACCAUAUAAAAACUGACAGAUUACGCAGCAAAGCCAACCAGCAUGUAUUAACCAGGGAUACAGCUGAGCCGCUACCAUGCAGGCUGCAUUUCUGACUGACCUCAUAUUGUGUUUCCAUCUUGUGACAUCCCAUAAAUCUGGGAGAACUCGGUAUUUAAACUCAAAUGGAAACAAUUAGCCAGUUUUUAUUUUACACCGUUUAUUUUUACUUAGUCAUCUCUAGUAUAAAUUCUGCCUCAAUUGUUUUUUUUGUUUGUUUCUGUUGAACUGAAGUAAAGAUGA